AUGGAGGCCCGGGAAGCUGCAGACUUGGUGAUAGUAGGUGCUGGAAUCAACGGCUUAGCCGCCGCUCGAACGUACUGCACGAUACAUCCCUCCGCAAACGUAGUAAUUCUCGAAUCUGCGGCAUCCAUAGGAGGAGUAUGGGCGAAAGAAAGACUCUAUUCAGGCUUGCGCCUGAACAACCUCUUGGGAACGUAUGAAUAUAGCGAUUUUCCGAUGGACGAAGCGUUCGGCAUUCAGCCCGGGCAGCAUAUCACUGGAGAAGCGACGCAUCGGUAUCUCAUGGCUUAUGCGGAAGAAUUUGAGCUUUAUUCGAGAGUCCGGCUCCAGUCCCGAGUGGAAACCGUUGAAAAGCUCGAUAGAAAAAGCAAUGCCGCCUGGCUAAUGACAUACACCAAAUACAACGAUGACGGGGAAAGCCAACGACAACAGAUAUUUACGCGGAAGUUGAUAGUGGCAACGGGAGUAGCUUCCGAGCCUUUUAUACCAACGCUGAAAGGGGCCGAAACAUUCGAUGCUCCCUUACUUCACAGCAAGGAUACGGCCAGGAAGCAACGUGAGAUUACUGAGGCAAAACGCGUGGUCGUUUUAGGCGGCGCAAAGUCUGGAUACGAUGCGGCAUAUCUAGCGGCAUCUCACGGCGUGGAAGUCGAUUGGAUUAUUAGCAAGUCCGGUCGAGGUGCCUCUUGGAUGGCACCUCCGUACGUAACUCCACUGAAGAAGUGGCUAGAAAAGCUGGUGAAUACUAGAUUUCUGACCUGGUUCAGCCCCUGUUCUUGGGGCGAGGCGGAUGGUUUUGGAGGCAUCAGAGGAUUUCUUCAUGGCACGUUCAUAGGCAGAUGGAUUGUGGACGUGUUUUGGAAAAUCCUAGCAAACGACGUUGUAACUCUCAACGGCUAUAGAGACCAUCCGGAAACAAAGAAAUUGGAGCCAUGGACAGAUGCAUUUUGGUCAGCAACCACUUUUAGCAUCCUCAACUAUCCAACACAUUUCUAUGAUUUGGUACGCGAUGGAAAGAUCAGAGUACACGUUGCGGACAUCUCACAUCUUUCACCAAAAACAGUUCAUUUUGUAGGAGGGCAAGCAAUCAAGGCUGAUGCUUUUAUUAGUUGCACAGGCUGGACAGCUCUUCCAACCAUAAAAUUCCUUCCAGAAGGAAUAGAAGAGCAAAUGGGGCUUCCGCACAAAACCCAGAAUGUGAAGAAGCUGGCCCGCAAGGCAGAUGCGGAAAUCCUAUCGCGCUUCCCUCGACUAAAGCGGCAGCCAGAAGUGAAGAAUCCAUACGGGGGUGCUAGGAGAGAUUGUACUCGCCCAGAAGACCACGAACCAUAUAGACUGUAUCGCCAUAUGGUGCCACCGGACUUCAUUCACGAUCGCAGCCUUGGAUUUCUGGGAACUGUGUCAAACUUUUCUACAGUUUUAACCGCCCAAACACAAGCUCUUUGGCUGGUGGCGUACAUGGAUGGAAAGCUGGCUCUUGACACCUGCUCACCCACGUUCGAAGACGACUUGCAUUGGGACACCGUGCUCCACAGCCAAUUCGGGAAGUGGAGAUACCCGUUUACCGGUCAGCAACGACCGGAUUUUGUUUUCGACGCAGUGCCAUAUCUGGACUGGCUAUUGCGAGAUUUAGGGCUCAAGGUGCAUAGGAAGGGCGGACUUUUGGCGGAGAUCUUUGAACCGUAUGGCCCCGCGGAUUAUCGGAGUCUCAUUGAAGAGUGGCAGAGGUCAGUCACCCAGGAGUAG